UGGCGGUACAGCUAUAUUGUCGUGUUCAGUCCAAUUGUCUUUGUGCAGUCGAAGAAGCCAAGAUGGCAGCCACUGUGAAGGGACCUGUAGCGGUUGAAGAUGUAAAUGUCACUUUUGAGGACCAGCAGAAGAUCAAUAAAUUUGCCAGGAACACAAGUCGGAUGACAGAACUCAAAAGUGAAAUAGACGCAAAGAAAAAAUCGCUGCAGGACUUACAGGAUGCCAGCGAUGACCUGAUGAUGUUAGACGACGACGCUCUAUUGAUCCCUUAUCAAAUUGGUGAUGUCUUUAUCAGCCACACCCAGGAAGAAACACAAGAGAUGCUGGAGGCUGCUAAGGAAGCACUGGAGCAGGAGGUCAAAGGCCUUGAGGCGCAAGUGUCAGCGAUACAGCAAGUGUUGGGGGAUCUGAAGGUCCAGCUCUACGCCAAGUUUGGUAACAAUAUUAACUUGGAGGCAGAUGAAAGUUGAGCAGUGAAACAGACAUUGACAGCUGCCCCAGCAUGGACUUUUUUUCAUGCAGCUCUCACGUCACAUCCACAGGACACAACAAAGCGUCAACAUGAAGAGCUUAGGUUUGUAGCUUCUGGCUUUUGUUUACACUGAUGUUGUGUGUAUGCGUUAAGUUUUGGAAAAUAAAUUCACAAAGACAACAAAGGAGAUUAAAUAAAUGCACAUAAUUUCUGAUGUAUUUUAAUUGGCUCCUUAUUUAAUGUUAAUGGGGUUUUGUUUGUUUUUUUUUAACUUGGUUGAUCAAGAUCAAGUAAAUACAUGAGGAACAAAAAACAGCUAUGUUGCAUUUUAACUUCUAGCAAAUUUAACAGUCUGCAAUAUUCUGCCCAAGAACUCAUUUCAUUUGUGACCCUGUUGCAUAUUUGUCUACCCUAAAGGUUUGAAUGAAAUUAACCAAAGUCCUGUCUUUGACACAGCAGUGCUCUCUGCUUGGUGACUAUGUUGCUUUAAAGUGAAAGUGUCAGAAGUAUCCGACCUGCUCACCCUUGUUAAACAUUGUGUGGUGUUAAGACUAAUCAAGUUAACGUUGAUUAAAUUAGAACCCUUGUCACUGUUUAAUUCAUUUGGAGAAAUCUUAAAAAAGUUUGAACCAAUUAAUAUUUAGUCACAACCGUAACUUACAUACAUCCAGAUCUCUUAAGGUAAGGUAUCUCAUCUUAAACUGUCACCACAUUGUUUAAUUAUAUGUGAUUUGGCAAAUGAAGUUGUAGAAACGUAGUCUAAAAUAAAUCUGAAAUUACA